AUGGGCAAAAAGUCUGUGCGUAUUGCUCCAGAUGAUGAGAAAAGCCUGAUGACAGAUCCGGCACCCAUGGCCACCAAUGACGAUGUUGUUGACAUGCACAAAGACGUCGAGGCUGCAGCACCUUCGGAGCUAAGACCUAAACGGUCAUUUCUUCAUCGUGCCAUGCUGCACAGAGGCGAUCAUCAUCCUUCACCACCAUCUCCCGUUCCGAGUGAGAAAAAGCAACCCGAUGAUGAUGAUGACGAUGAUGACUUUGAUUGGAACGAUGAUCCGGAUCAACCAAAACCAAGGCGACGCAAAACAACGCGUGAAAGAAUCCAUGCAGCAAUGCAAAGACCUUGCUGUUGGAAUUAUUUAUCACCCUUUGCCAAGCGACUUAUCUUUGCCAUUGUCGGCUCAUGUAUCUUUAUCUCAGCUGCUAUAUGUGUAUACGCAUUAUUACCAGAACCUACAGAGGAAGAGCGAGCACAACCAGGGUUCAAAAACGUCCGAAGCAAUCUCCAAUGUUGGCUUUAUUGGGCUGCUUUCCAAUGGCACAUCUUUUGGUUGACCACUGUUGUUGUCGAAGCCGUACCCUCUGCGGUAUCUUUAUGGACCAAAUUGUUCAAAGGUCGUCGCUCGGAACGUGUCAAGUCAGCCAUGGAGUACUACCUUAGUGUCAAGCGCUAUCUCACGUUACUUCUCCUGUCAUCUUGGAAUUGGGGUUCAUGGGCAUUUCUAAUAGACUAUCCCUUUAAUUCUGUCAAGAAUCAAGGUUAUACAACCAUCAUUUUCAAGGUGUUUGCAUGCAUUUUUGUGGCAUGUUGUUGGCUUUUUGCUCAAAAGGUCAUUGUGCAAUUGAUUGCAACACGCUUUCACAAAGAAGCCUUCAGCGACCGCCUGCAGCAAAACAAAUAUGCCCUGAAAAUUCUCGAUACCCUAAGCAAAUCAGAGGCACGACGUUCACGCCCUGAUGGCCUCCGAAACCGCCGACCCAAUAGUGGAAGCUCAACAUCUGACAAGGAGUUGCAAUCCAACAUGAGCAGUGCGUAUAGCACCGGCAUUGAUCAUGAUCGUGCCACAGGCAACGACCCCAAGUUUUUCAACCAAUUCCAGAAGCGUAUACAAAACAUGAUGCUUACCGAUCAACCCCAAAUUCGAAGCACCAUUGACCGCAACAAGGUGGAUAUCAAUUCUACCGAUUAUGCAAAGAAGGUGGCACGAAAGCUAUUUUAUUCAUUGGCUUAUCCGAACGAAUUGCCACCUACGUCAGAUGAAGCAGCUAAAAAGUCACUCGAAGUUAACCACUUUGCACCUUAUUUUCAAUCACGGGAGGAGGCUGAAAAGGCAUUCUCGGUGUUUGACAAGGAUGGUAAUGGCAACUUGACAAGACGUGAGUUUCGAGAUACCGUAUUGGAAAUCUAUAAGGAAAGAAAGGCUCUGGCACAAUGCGUACGUGAUACAAGUCAAGCACUCGGCAAAAUCGAUAUGCUGCUACUUGUCUUUAGCAUUAUCAUUACAACAUUUAUCUCUUUGGCGAUUUUCAACGUGGAUGUUUGGCACUCAUUACUGCCAUUGGGCUCGUGCUUAUUGGCUUUGACGUUUGUGUUUGGUGACACGUGCAAGAACACGUUCGAGAAUGUCAUUUUCCUUUUUGUCACGCACCCGUACGACGCUGGUGACUAUCUCUUGAUCGACGACACGUUUCUUUUGGUGCAUAAUCUCGGCUUGAUGGGAACCGUGUUCAUCCGUGGUGAUGGUCAGCUCUUGUAUGCGCCCACAACGGUAUUACGCACCAAGUUGAUUGUCAACGUGAGACGCUCUCCGGAUAUGGGCGAGACCAUCAUCAUCAAUGUGGAUUUUCGUACACCCACAGAACGUCUCAAUUUGCUCCAUAGUCGUCUUUCGGAAUGGGUCAACAACAACUCUCGUGAUUUUGCACCAGGCUUUGAUGUGCGUGUCACUGAUAUUAUCGAUGUCAACCAAAUUAUCUUGUCGCUAUGGUUACCACACAAGGGCAAUUGGCAGGAUUUGGGAAAACGCUUCCAACGUCGUACCAAGUUUAUGAUUGCUUUGAAGGACAUUUUGACCGAGCUUGAUAUCCGCUAUGAGUUACCAGCACAACGUUUCACGCAAUCCAUGGGUGAACAAUCAUUCCUGCAUACGCAGGGGACUCAACAAGCUUCAUCGGAUGGCAGCAGUAUUACAAGAGUGACUCCUCAAUCCUUUUCCCAAGGUGCUCAAUGUACCAAUAGCAAUACCACCACUGUAGAGCAGCGGUGA